CGCAUCGAAGAAGUGUCGGACAGCGACUCGGAGCCGUCCGAGAUGGAUCCCUCGGACUUUGACCCUGGCCUUAUGCAGUCCAUCAUCCAGCCCGCCAACAUUCCAUCCACUGCGCCUCAGCAAUCGCAACAGCAGCAACCUGUCCUACAGCCUCACUUUCCUGGCCGUCCCCCGCCAGAUCAGAACGCCGAACUCGAGCGUACCAAGCACUACCAAUGUCUAUACCCCAUCUACUUCGAUUCAACUCGCUCGCGCGCCGAAGGAAGAAGGGUUGGAAAGAAUGAGGCUGUCGCAAACCCCCUAGCCCAGGACAUCGCCAAUGCCUGCUCGCAGCUACCUGUCGGUGGUCGCGUUGUCUUCGAGCCUGCAAAGACACAUCCCAAGGAUUGGGCGAACCCUGGCCGCGUGCGUGUCUUGGUCAAGGAGGAUGGCAAGCCCUCAGGGAACGGUUCCAUCAAGAACAAGCAUCAACUAUACAAACUAGUCGCCGAUUACCUACGGGCACAUCCCACCACAGAAGAGUCGCCCAUGCGUAUGCGCAUUGCCGGCCUUCCACCACCGACCAAACCCAUCCCGCCGCCAGCUGCACCUAAAGGUUGGAAGAUGGGUACGAUAUUACCAUUACAUUCGCCCGCUCUGAGCGGUGGAGGCGUCAACGAAAACUACUUUAAGGAUAUGAUGCAGGAAAUGCAAGGC